AUGUCUGCCCUAUUCAAUUUUAAAUCAUUGUUACAAGUUAUACUAUUGUUCAUAUGUUCGUGCACAUAUAUUCAUGCACAAAGACCAUCGCUCCUUGAUCGUUAUAAGGACAGCGGUAUACUAGGAGUAUUUUGGAAGUUUGCGAGAAUUGGGGAAAGAGCUAGUCCUUAUGUGUCUUUAGCUUGCAUUGCCAUGGCAGUUUCGCAAUUCAACAGUUGA